AUGGCGCCGUGGGCGGGGUUUAGGCCGAAAGAGGCGCAGGAGCAGCGCCUGUUAGUGUCGUCCUCACCGUCACGGGCGGGCGCUUCUUCCUGGAUUCAUUCAUUCGUUUUUUUCAUUCACGAAGGUAGUAAGGCCUAGUUGAAAGCCAUGGAGAGCGCUCUUCCUGCCGCUGGCUUCCUUUACUGGGUGGGCGCAGGCACCGUGGCCUACCUGGCCCUGCGCAUCUCGUGCUCGCUCUUCACGGCCCUUCGGGUCUGGGGUUUGAGUCACGAGGUAGGGGUCGGACCCGGGCUCGGAGAAUGGGCAGUUGUCACAGGUAGUACUGAUGGAAUUGGGAAGUCAUAUGCAGAAGAGUUAGCAAAACAUGGAAUGAAGAUUGUCCUUAUCAGCAGAUCACAAGAUAAACUGAACCAAGUUUCCAGUGAAAUAAGAGAAAAAUUCAAGGUGGAAACAAUGACCAUUGCUGUUGACUUUGCAUCAGAAGAUAUUUAUGAUAAAAUUAAAACAAGCUUGGCAGGCCUGAAAAUUGGUGUUUUAGUGAACAAUGUGGGAGUGUCGUAUGAGUAUCCUGAAUACUUUCUGGACGUUCCUGACUUGGACAAUACCAUCAAGAAACUGAUAAAUGUUAAUGUUCUUUCUGUUUGUAAGAUGACACGAUUGGUGCUGCCUGGCAUGGUGGAAAGAUCUAAAGGGGCCAUUCUGAACAUCUCCUCUGCCAGCGGCCUAGUCCCUGUUCCACUGUUGGCCAUUUACUCUGCGACCAAGGCUUUUGUGGAUUUCUUCUCUCAGUGCCUCCAUGAGGAGUACAGGAGCAAGGGCAUCUUUGUGCAGAGUGUCCUGCCAUUCUUCAUAGCUACAAAGCUGUCUAAAAUCCGAAAGCCCACUCUGGAUACGCCCUCUGCAGAGACCUUCGUGAAGUCUGCGAUUAAAACGGUGGGCUUGCAGUCCCGAACCACUGGGUACCUGAUCCAUUCUCUUAUGGGCUCGAUAAUUUCAGUCACACCUACCUGGCUGUAUUUUAAAAUAACCACGAAUAUGGGCAAAUCCACGCGGGCUCGCUAUCUGAAGAAAGCCAAGAAGAAUUAAGCAUUGAUAACUGCACUGAGUAGCUUGGCUGGGUGCACCAACCUACACAGGAUUACGGCAAGACACCCCCCUCUCCAAAAUCUGCGGUUGUCAUUUAUCAAUUACUAAUAAGGCUAAAUGUUGUCAUAAUUGGGAGGAGAGCAGAAGUUGCUUUCAGGAAUUCCAGACAUAUAUUCUGGAUACUACCAGGAGUUAUUUUGAAGUUUAAUAUAAAUGCUCAUAUCAAAUGGACAUAGAACUAAUACUAGCAAGAACAGUGUAAUGGGAAGGAACAUGAUUGUAGCAAAUCACAGAACGACAGAGACAGACGUAAUGCUUCAGUGGUUUCGUCUGGCCAAAAUGCCAACGAUGAUGAUCUUUGUAUUUUCUCUGAAAUAUACUUUAAAAAGUAAUGGCCAGCUCCCCACCCCCCCCCCUUUUUUUUUUUUAAACACUUUGGGGGAGUGGAGCUGAAUUGAUUCACUUAUGGGAGGACAUAUUGCAAUAUACAUCACUAGAAGGUUUUCUAAAAGUAUGUCCCAGUUUGUACAUUUAUAUGGAACUUUUUAUGCUCAAAGGUAGCUGAUCACAUAAAAAUAACACAUGAAAUAUGGAGUUCUUUUUGACACAUGAAGCCUGCUAAAAUAUGCUUUCCUCUGAUACAUAUUUCUUUUCAGUUUAAAUGCAUGUAAAUACUGAAGGCUAUAUGGUAUGAUUUAUAAAGGUAAAUGGACCAGAAAGUACACUGAGAUGGGCAGCCGCUUAUGGUGUCACUAAAACGGUUAUCCAGGAAAGUGGCUUGCUUAGUCCCCAGCCUCUUCUGUUUCUGCACUGCACCAAUACUGCUCACAUAUGUGACCACACGCUAUUCCCACAACAGUAAUGAUAACAGAGAAGUGGCCUUGUAGUUUUAAACUGAUACCCUAUUGAUAGCAAUAUGACUAGUUUUAAUAAAAGGUGAUAUAACCAUGGUGUUGAUUGAAAAAAUGUAUUUCUUUCGUAUUCGAAAUUAAGGCUGUUUUUACACUGGCUUAAUAUAAAUUGAGACUGACUUUUAUCCUGCUCCAUAACUUGUUUGAAGGAAAUCAUCAAGAAAAAAUUCAAUAUUGUGAAACAUGCAAUACAGAAGAUAGGUCUUUACCAAGGCUGUGGUUCUUAGGCUCUGAGUUUUAAGCACUAGGAGAUUUGUCCAAAAAAAAAAAAAAAAGUAAAUUGCAGUGUUUAGGCGUUUCUAGCUUUUAAUUUUGCCAGCUGAGGACGUAAAAUAAAAACAGGAAGAUCCAAAGUACUAUCUGCUGUUAGCAUCAUUAUAUAGUUGAAAAGGCAUUUUAGUACCAAAAAAAGUAAGAACAUAAUCUCAGAAUCAUUUAAAUUGAAUUAACUUAAUUUUAUGAAAAACACACUGCCUUUUUUGCUCUCAUUUUGUUGUAGAAAGGUGAAGCCACAGUGACCUGGGCAAUAUUUUAUUUUACACAUUGGUUUGUUAAUGGUUGCAGGUGAUAGCUUUCAGUGGAGAGUUGGUAGAACCAGGAAGGGAUUGAUUUACAAGCGUACAAGAUACUUCCUCUUCUGUCCGAGUUAGAAAAUAGUUGCAUUCUGAUUAGGAAAUCCCUUAGCAAUCUCAAAACUUCUGAAGCUAUAGCUUUUGCUACUUCAACUUGGCAGCUAGUAUCUCUUAUAUUUGACACUCAGGUUUGCAGAUAAGUGCAUGAAAGUCUGUUUCCAGGCACAUGAAAAGAAAAAGCUCAUGAAAAGAGAAACCACCGUAUUCCAAACUUUCAAAAUAGCAGAGCACAAUUUUUAGACCUAACUUUAUAUCAACUUGAUAUUAUAGUCUGAUAUGUGCCAGGUAAGGUCUGAACCCGAAAAAAGGAGAAUAAAAGAGACAGGUAGAUUCAUAUAGGAUCAGCUCACCUCACAACACAGUGAGCCAGAUUUUCAUUUCCUGUUCUUCCAUUGUUCCCACAUGGUAGCACGGGGGCGGGGCGGGGGGCACGGGAGGAACUGCCCUACACACAUGAUGACGUUGCCAUUCUCAUUUGUCUUUGUGCUCAUCCCACGUGCACUGGGAAUGAAUACAGAUGUUCUGAUCAUUCUCAACUUCCUCAGAUGUGGUCCUGUCCUAAAUGAAGGAGGCCGUCUCAUUUGAUACUUAGUGCAAGAAAAUCGGAUAGCACUGAAUUUUCUAGGGAGCGAACAUUAGUGUGACACCACACAGACGGUGUCUAUGUGGUGUGAGAGAGCUUUAUUGUGAUGACAAUGAAAUGAACUUUAAGUAGCACUCUAAGUGUUUAAGUCUGUUGACACCAAAAAUUACCUGAGGUUGAGAUGGUCCUGGGUUCUGCUACCUUCUCUGGAGUUUACCAGCAUCAAAAGAAAUCAUCAGAGCUUUUUAUUGAAUAUGUUGAAAACUGAUUCAAUUUAAAAAAAUUUUUUAAGGACUCACUACUUUGUACUUUGAUACUCCUCUCAUGAUGAAAACUUAUAAAUGUGGACAGAAUUUAAGUUCCCUUGUGUAAUAUAAUUCUGUUGAGGAUUAUAUGGAGACAUCUAGUAAUGGAACACUGUGUAGCAUGUACAUAAACAUAUUACAUCAAACAAUGUUGAUGUGAUGAUGGCAUCUUACAGCUUGUUCGCUCUCCUUUUUACAUGCAUCACUGAAAAGCAAGCAAAAUGGGUAGGACAAAAGGAUGUAAGGCAGGCUUGUCUUCCUAAUUACAAAAGUUUCAGACAUACUGUUGUGUGCGUUUAUUGAGCACUAACCAUGUGCUCUUCUGGAUGCCGGAGAAACUAUAGUGAACAAAGCAGACAAAAACUCUUGCCCCUGUAGAGCUUCCAUGUGAACGGGGGGAAGGGGAGGCGAGCAAAUUAGGGAGACAGGUUAAAAAACAAGCAAAUAAAGAAAAAUAAUAACAUAGUAUAAGUGCUUUAUGCUAUGGGGGGAACAUGAAGCAAGGUAAUGAGGAGGGGGAAUCCACGUAUGUAGGGUAAGGGUGGGAGGCUUGUGAAUUUAAAUAACGUACUCAUGGUAGGCCGUGGAGAAAGGUGGCAUUUCAACAGUCCUGGGGAAGCCUUUCAGCUAUGUGGGAGAAGGGCAUAUCAGGCAGACCAGCCUGUGCAAAGAACCCAAGGAGAGCAUGUGCCUGGUAUGUUCCAAGAAUAGCUAGGAGUGCAUACAUAUACUCAAAGUGUAUGCUAGGUGAACUCUUCCUUGAAGAUUUCAGAGAUCUAGGUUAGUUAUGACUUUCUACCAUAAAAUCACCUUUUCGUUCUUGGUUAUAAUUCACGAUCUUUGUAUUGCUGAAUUCAAUUUGCUGGUAUUUUAUUUGGAAUUUUUGCAUCUCUACUGAAAACAUUGGUUUGCAAUCUUUCUCCUACUUGUCUGGCUUUCAUAUCAGUGUUAUAAGUUCAUUAAAUGAGCUGGGACGUGUUGCUUA